AAUUGACGAUAAAAAUAAAACUGAAAUUUAUUUCCGUCCAUUAAAUAAUUAAUUUCAACAAUGGAUAUUGAAAGAAUUGAGAAACAUUUCAAAACUGUUCAGUUUACAUCCUGGAAAUCGUUACCACAAAACUCAUCAUUUUAUGAUAAGAAACAUGAAUCUAAGUCAUUUGAGCGCAAUCAAUCAUUUCCCAAAGUUCAUCAACAUCAUCAUAAUGAAAUCAUUAGUGAGGCUGUUGUGAAUAAUAACUUAAAGAAGAGAAUGGAUAAAAUAAGAGUCGAUGGAUUUAAUGGAUUAAGAUUCACUCCGAUACGAAAAUCAAAAGGUUGCUUCACGGGAUCAUCUUACAGUGGCUCGAUAUUGAAUCCAAAAUCUGGUAUCAACCCAAACAAAGCUGUUUUUACAAUAGAUUCAAAGACAUCAAACAUUUUGAUUGUUAACAAGAAUGCAUGUGAUUUACUUGGCUAUCAAUCCAGAGAACUUUGCGAUAGUGGAGUUAAAUUCUCAAAUCUUCUGGCCUGCAAAAACAAAAUCCACGUCUCUGCCUUGGCCGAGAAUCAAUUCAAUUCUGAAGAUGGUACAAUGAUUUUAUUAAGUGGUAAAGUGGUUGAAAUGAUCCAUAAAAAUGGCGCAAAGUUACCCGUCUCGCUAUGGAUACGUCAAAUAGAUGGACAUGAUGGUAGGUGCCUUGCUGUUGCUGAACCUGUUGAAAGGAGAGUUGCACAGAUAAAUGUCGAUUCCCAUGGCAUUGUGAUAAACGGAGACAAUGAGGCUUUAAUGUUAUUUCAACUUGAUUCUCUUGAGACAUUCAUUGGUAUGGACGUUACUUUAUUAAUUCCAGCGAUUCAACUACCAACUGAACCAAUAGAAAAUCAUUUAAUACCAAAAAAUUUAAGGAAACAAAGAGCUACUGGAAAAACUCAAGACGGCGUUUCAUUUCCUCUUUGUUUGAUGAUCUCAACUGAUGAGAGUAUCAAUGAACCUGUUGAUAGCUUAACCGCUCCAUCUUAUACCAUCACAAUCUGGGUAUAUUCGAAUCUCAGUGGACUUAUUGUUAUCGACGAAAAUUCUAUUAUCGAGUCAUGUAAUCAUCACUUCUCAACAUUAAUGUUUGGUUACUCUCAAUCAAGAAUUAUUGGUCAAAACAUUUUCAAACUUAUUCCAAACUUUGGACAAGAAUUCGAAUAUAUUGAUGCCAGAAGUCAACGAUCGCCAUCGAUAGAAAAUGAAGAGUCUGAGACAGAGACCGAUCAUGUUUUGUUGAAUGAUCCAUUUGUUAUCGGGACAGUAUUAAAUUCUAAGAAAGAUCCUUUCAAGAUUUGCCUCGACUUUACAUCGCCCAGAAACAGCAUCCGAUCACCUGAUGUCAGUUUAAUAAAACUUUCAAAUCUUUCAAACACAGAAAAUGAUAAAAAUGUCAUGAAUUUAGUGAAUGGCGAUGUAUCUGAUGAACAAGAACUGUUGACACCUGUAAAUGAGAUGGGACAUGUACAAUUAAAUGAUUCAACAAGUACACAAGAUGAAAUUGUAAGCAAUAAAUCACAACAAUAUGAUAACAGCACGCACACAACUAGCAAUUUAGAAAGCACACCAAAAGGAAUAAAAACAUCAACAGUGACGACAACGAUUCUUGAUGGAGACUGUCAAAAAUCCUUAAUAACAUCAACACCAGAUAUAGGGAAAAGAUUAUCGAUUGGUACGCAGAAUAAUGCAGCGGGAAUUCAACAAUUUAAUUAUAACUAUGCAGAUGGAAAAUAUAAAGGAGAAGCAGUUCAUUCUGAUGGGAAUAUUAUUGAUAUUGUUUACACGAUUUACAAACACACAUUACCUUCCACAAACAAUACAAUUUAUCUCGUUUGGAUUUGUCGCGAUCCGGAUGAAUAUCGGAAUGAAGAUCCUGAUGAAGAAAAACAAUUUAAUUUAACUCUAACAUUGAAUUCGAUUGAGAAUAGCUUAGGCAAUGCAACAGUGAAGACAGGAACAGCAGCAUCGUCAGUUUGUGUGAGUAACGCUGCCAGCAGCAUCAUGAUGACAUCAGCAGGAACAAUAGGAACAAGCACUUUAGCAAAUAUCACUUCAGUGAGUCGACCGAAUUCACUUUCGAUUGUCUCACAAUGUGAAGAUGAACAAAUCAGUGGGGAAUAUGCAAAAAACUAUACAACUUUGAAACAGAUUGGGAAAGGUGCAUAUGGAUAUGUGAAAAUGGCUUAUAGAAACACUGAUCGUCUUCUUGUAAUCUCCAAAUUUAUAUUGAAAGAAAAACUUUGUUCAAACUUCAUGAUAACAACUGAAGAUAAGAAAGAAAUUCCUAUGGAAAUUUAUCUUCUUAAACGUGUCAAACAUCCAAAUAUUGUCAACGUACUUGAUGUUUAUGAGAAUGAAAAGUUUUUUCAAUUGAUUAUGGAAAAGCAUGGGAGUGGAAUGGAUUUAUUUGAGUUUAUAGAUAGACGUCCGUUGAUGGAUGAGAAGCUUGGAUGUUUUAUAUUCCGACAAAUAGCGAAGGCUGUUGAUUACCUUCAUUCCUUGAAAAUACUUCACAGAGACAUCAAAGAUGAAAAUAUUAUCAUCGAUCAGAAUUUUCAUAUUAAGUUGAUUGAUUUUGGAUCGGCGACAUUUAUGGAGGAUGGAAAAAUGUUUUCGACAUUCUAUGGCACAACUGAAUAUUGCAGUCCGGAAGUUUUAGCUGGAAAUAAAUAUCAUGGACCUGAAUUGGAGGUUUGGAGUCUUGGUGUGACGCUAUUCGUGUUGAUGUUCUUUGAAAAUCCUUUUCUCGACAUGGAAGACACUCUUCGUGCUGAUCUCAUGAUACCUCAAGACGUUACUGUCGAUCUUGAGGAUUUACUUUUUCGAAUGCUUGACAAAGAUCCAAAGACGCGACUUUCAAUGAAGGAACUUUUAGCACAUGAAUGGAUUGUUCAAGAAAUCACAAACAACUUCGAUUUUGCUUCAAUUGUGCCAUGCGAUGAACACGAAGCACAUCCUGACAUUUACUAUUCUGGUCAAGUCUUCUCAAGUGCCACAGCUUUAUCAACAUCGCAUGACUCUUUAUCAUUAGCUGACGAUGAAUCGAUUUGUGAAGAUAUUGAUGACGUAAAUUUUGAUGGCGAUGGAACAAGCACUUCAAAUAGUUUACUGAAAGUAAGUCAAAACUUCAAUGACAACAACAGCAGUGACGACAUUCAAAACAUUUCGAAUCGAAGUUCAAUCAAUCGAAGUAAAACAGAAACAUCAUCGAAAGUUGCGUUGAAAGGGACUGACGAAGAUACUUUAUGGGAAUCACAUUACUGUUCUCGUUCAGAUGCAUUUGAGGAUAAUUGAGAUGAAAAGAAACAAAUUUUUGUAAAAUUUCAUUGCUUUUAUUUAUUUUCUUUUGUUUUGAUUUUAUGUUGAAAUCAUGGAAAUAUUAUUGUGAGAAUUUCUAUUUUUAUACUUCUGGAAAUCUAUUAAACUAUUUUCUUCCAUUCUGCAAACUCACAAAAUAAAAACUUGUUUCGAAUUGUCUAAUUAAAGUGUCAACGAUUUCUUUUCGUGAUAUAAAAUUUAGACUUUUAGUUUAAUCUCACAACAGAACUCACUAUAAAGAACAAAAACAACAAAUUGCAUUAGUUUUUAAGAAGAUAUUAGAAAGCAACAAAGAAUUUUAUAGAGUUCUAUGUAUUUUAGAUUUAAAAACAAUUUUAGGAAUGAUUAAGAUAAGAGAAGAAUUUUCAACCAUUUGUCAGUUUCUUUUGGGUUGCAAAUAAUUAGAAUUAACUACAAAAACAGAAACUCACAGUAUUAAAAAAAAACAAAAAGAAAAUGAAAGCCCAUCCUGACUAAAUAAUUGAAAGAAUAUAAGAAAGAAAUUAAAUAAUAAUGUGAUACAAAGCGUAUUUAUGAUAUCUACCUAAUAAAAAAAGAAAGAAAGAAAAAAACUAUUUUAUUGUUAAAUCAAAAUCAAAAGUAAAUCAAUUGUAACUUUUUCUCCCUUCUUCAAACAAAAAAAAAAUAGAAAAAUAAAUGAGAUUUAGAUGACACUUGAUCUACAUAGUUCACAUUAGUCGAGAAAUAAAAAUUCAUUUAAAAUGUAAAAAUGCAUAAUUUUGUUUCACUUUUUAACAGAAAGCAAUUU